AUAAAGUGCCAUAAAUUCACUCUGCUUUUCUCUCCCCUUUGCCUCAUACCUCUCUUGAAACACUAUACCCAUACCUUUUCUCACUCUCAGUUCAAACAAAGAAAAUGAUGCACACCAUUUUUGCUUGCUUGAAUAGGCAAGUCUCAGAUGUUAAAGUAGGAGUGGUGGAGCAACCUCAAGAAAAAACGGCUGUGUACAGAGACGAGUUGACGAAAAAGCAAGCACCCAGAAAGGCAGUGGUGAAGAAAAGUGUGAGGUUUGCGGAUUCAGAGCCCACAGUGAUUGCUGGAGAUCAUGACGAGUCGGAGAAGGAAAAGGGAAGUGAGAAGAGAAGAAUAAACCGGAGUACUGAGAGAGAGGGGAUUAUAGUGAAGGUGAAGAUGACGAAGGAAGAAGCAGCUAGACUGCUAUCGAAGUGCAAAGAAGGAGGAUUUCUUGAGUUCAGGGACGUUGCUCGUGAGCUUGUAUUGAUCCCAGCAAGCCGUGUCAGCGCCGUGCCCACUUCCACGCGCAACAUCGAAGAAGCCACUCUUGCUGACAUCCCUGAAUAGUUUUUAUACUAUAAAUUAGUAGUUUAUAGCUCUAAUAUGAUGCAGCAGAAAACUGUAGUAUUCUAUAGGACUAUGCUCUCUGCUGGAGUGCCGAACUUACUAUUUUUUUGGGACGAUACUACUUGACCUACUGUAUUAUAUAUGUGAUGUAUAAAUAUGAAGUUUCCGCUAA